CAUCUGCCAAGCAUGGAGCUUACGAUUCAAGCUGCAGUCCUAAAACGGAUCCUUAUUCUGUUCCUUGUCGUUCUCUUGGGCCGAUUCUUCUACAGGCUCAUCAAAGUGCGCAUGAAGGUGCGCCGUUUCAUGAGGAAUAGUGGGCUGAAAUCUCCACCGCAUUCCUUCCUACUCGGGCACCUUCCAGCAUUCGCCAAGCUCAUGGCUAAAUACCCUCGAGAUACAGCAGGACAAAUCAUUCCAAUACUGCUGACCAAUGAGUACCCGGAGCUUCGAGCCCAAGGUCUCGUAUGUAUGGACGCUUGGCCUAUCGCCAACCCCCUGCUAGCAGUAUUCCAGCCCGAUAUGAUUGCGCAGUUCUGCCAGAGCCCGUCAAUGCCUAAGAGUGACCUCCUUCAUUCGAUAUUCAAGGAUUUCACCAACUGUCAAGACCUUUUGUGCUCAGAUGGAGAUCAAUGGAAGCGGUGGCGCUCUAUUUUCAACCCAGGCUUCUCAAGCAAGAAUAUCCUUUUAUUCAUCCCAGCUUUGAUCGAAGAGAGUCAAGUUUUCAAGGAUACUCUCCUCGAAAACAUGCGGUCAGAUAUUGUCUUCCCUUUAAUAACACCGGCGACCAAGGCUACAUUUGAUAUCAUCGGACGGGUGGUGCUAGGAGCAAGAUUGGGCGUGCAAGUGUCGGAGAGUCGCUUAUAUACAGCCUUGAAGGAUCAGCUCGGGUGGAUCUCGAUCCCAGACGGUCCCAAUAUAUUCCAUCGACAAAACAAUCCUUUCCGCCGCCUCGCUAUCUGGAAUAACAACCGCAUCCUACAUAACGAGAUCAUUCCAAUCUUACAAAGACAGAUGCUUGAGACGGAUCGCAGUAGAAGCCCCCAGACAAUCAGCCGACUUGCCAUUGAAGCCCGUUUGAAGGAAACCGGGCACGCCGUGGACUCCACAUCCAUAAACCAGGUUUUUGACGAAGAAUUUCUUCGCGUUGCCCUUGCACAAGUCGAAAUCUUCCUCAUCGCAGGCCAUGACACUACGUCGAGUACAUUGUGUUACGCAUACUACUGCCUACAUGGCAAUCCAGACAUAGCCGACCGUGUGCGCGAGGAACACGACCGCUUGCUCGGGCCUGACCCAGCCCAAGCUGCCGCCGUGAUCACCAGCGACCCAUCCGUACUCUACAGAAUGCCAUACACAGCGGCAGUCAUCAAGGAGAUCCUUCGGCUCUACCCACCCAUCGCCUCUAUCCGCUCCGGAUCUCGCAGUCUGCAUCUAGUGCAUCCCGAGACUGGUCAGCAGUUCUCGACUGAAGGAUUCACUCUCAUGUCCACGUCACAGGCGUCGCAUAGGCUCCCACAGUACUGGCCUCGACCGAACGACUUCCUCCCUGACCGGUGGCUAGUUGAGGAGGACACCGGCGUCAACGGUAGGAAGCUCGCGUGGAGGCCAUUCGAGCAAGGACCGAGGAAUUGCAUCGGCCAGGAGCUAGCCAUCCUCGAGCUAAGGCUUAUGCUGGUAAUGACGCUGAGGGAGUUGGACAUUGUACCUGCCUAUGCCGCGAAUGCGACCCGGCUUUUCGGUGAACCGGCCUACCAGGCCGUGACCACGAAUGAGCUAACCAAUCGUCCAAAGGAUGGUAUGCCCGUUCGCGUCCGAAGGCGAGUCCCUUCGACGGAUAGAGUAGCGUAGUUUGCUAAGAAAUCAUAUUUCGGCGAAUAGAGAAUGCUACUGACAGCAUACACAAGCCUAAAUUGUCAGUAUGCUCCACUACGCACACAGAUAAUACAAGCCUUAAGAGAACACACGGACAUCAAAUCGAAAAAUUUGAUUCUGUCACAAAAGUCCUAAGCUGCUCACGUUCUUCACUCAUGCCCCAUCGAAAACCAAAAGACUCCGAAUAUUGACAGAGCCAAACCCACGUUCGUACAAAAGUUUCCGACCACGAUGAGCAGGGAACUCUGCAACGACCAAGACGAUGAUAUCCUGCUGGCGAACGCCGGCCUUUCCCAAGAGCUCCAGCACCGCGCAAAGAGUCCGACCCGUUGCAAGCGCAUCAUCCACAACAACCACCAAAGAACCUUUAAGAAUCAAGUACAUUUCCAUCUCGAUGACUUGCUCCUUUGAACCGCUGGGCGUCGAAGCUGAGAUAUGCGAUGCAGACUUGGUGACGGAAAUCUUUGGCGGGGGCAGCUUGCCAGCUUCACGAAUCAUCGCAAUUGGCUUCUUGACUUUCUCUGCCAAUGGCGAGGCAAAUGUAAAGCCACCGGUCUCACAACAGGCUAUGGCACUGACACGAAUCCAGUCACUGAAUAGAAGAUUCUCUAGUAGGCGUGUACACAGCUCCAGCCCUUCUGGGUGCUUUCCAAUGCCGAGCACAUGUUGGAAGGUCAUAUUAGGGCGUGGAAAGCCUGGAACGGGGCGCACCAUUCUCGCUAGUCGCUGAAUAUCCUCGCCGACAAGAGGAAGCAGGAAGCACACUGCAAAAUGCUGCACCAGCUCGAUGCCCGUCUCUUCAUUUCUGUAGACCAGAGUUGGACUGUAUUCGGAGUGGUUAAGCUCCUCGCCGUCACCUUCACCAUCAUCGCCAUCGGGAUAGCCUCGACGUGCCCGUCGGGUCUGUGGGCUUGCCUGGACGCGGACCUCAAUGAGUCUAUUGUCAGGCACUAAAUGCGCAUAAGUCGCGAGGGGUGCCUGCUCUCUCAGUCCUGUGAUAAACAGGACAUCCACAGACAUAGCGCUGCAUACCACGCCCAGGAAAUGUUCUUCAAGCAAACGAGGUCGACAGGCCACCUGAGAAUAAAAGAAUGCUGUCAAAGCUGGCCGGUGUUGCUCUUUGUAAGCUCGAUCAUGAAGCAAGCGUUUCAGAUCGACGCCGGGAUGCGCUGCUGCAUAUUCUCUCUUGGUCACAUCGCUAAUGCUAAAUGUGCGAGCGAGGAGGCUGUUUCCGUAGUUUGUAUUAAAUGAAGAGGCCCAAGAAUUCGCGCAAUAAUCCUUACCAACGCCACUUUCGCCAGUCACGAGGAUGAUAAGCUUCUGUGUAGCUGGAACUCGUCGAAGGGGACAAGCAUAAGCGAGGACAUUAU